AUGGGAAGCAAGACGAGCAAACCGAUCGUCGAAUGCCAAGCGCAGGGAAACACGGACUCGAAGGCCGCUGUGGCGUUGCCCACACCGGACAACGGCGGCGGAACAUCGUUCCAAACGUCCAAUCGGAAAUGCACCGACAUACUGUGCACGCUUCUCUUCGUCGUGUUUUGGAUCGGCAUGAUCGUGAUCUCCGUCAUCGCGUUCACUCGCGGCAAACCCGAACGCCUGGCGUACGGGAUGGAUUUCAAGGGGCGCAUCUGCGGGACGUCUGGCUCGACUCCUGGCAUCUCGUCCGUGCCGUACGAUUUGACAGCGUACAAGUACCUCGCGUACCCGCGUCUCGCACAAGAUUUGAACGCCAUGGCGAUCGACCCCGACUUUAGCCCGACAGACCCGAGCAAUUUGAAAAAACUCUACGGCGUGUGCGUCGCGACCUGCCCGACCAGCCGCUCCAGCACUGGCAGUCCGCAGUAUGUUCACGCGCUGGAGUCGUAUGGUGUGGUGGGGCGCGACCCCGUGUCCGCCACCAACGUCUCGUACGGAGCGGCGGCAGAAGACGCGACCGUCGGGUCUCCAUUCCGCGUGUUUGUCAACACGUCCAACGUUUUGUUUCGAUGCUUGGAAAUCCCGUCCGAAACCAAAGUCAGCUUUGUCCGGUGCGUCGACGACUGCACGACGGGGUCCGAUCCAGCCAUGUGCGGCCCGAACGCCACGUUUUUUCCAUGCGGUGCCAAGGGAUGCACCAAGUACGCGUCGACCAACAUGCCAACGUGCAUGAACAUUCAAACGAAAUCCGAAACGUACACGACAUCGAGCGCCAACAACUCGCCCAUCUUUGACUCGCUAACGUCGGGCUGGUUCAUGGUUGCGCAAUGGAUUGGCGACAUUCAAAAGGCCGCCGGUCCGAUCCUCAUCUGCGGCAUCGCUGUCGCACUUGUCCUCGGCUUCGUGUGGCUUGUAUGCCUGCGAUACUGCGCGGGGUUGUUUGUCUGGCUCACGAUCCUGCUCGUCGUCGCCAUUCUCGUCAUCACCACCUUCUUUCUUGCGUACAAGGGCGAGCUUCUGAACAAUUCCAUGAUCGCGUCGAAUUUAGCCAAGACCGGGCUGUCCUCGGACGCUAUCUCCGACUUGACGACGAGCAUGUCGUCGGCGUCGGCCGCGGUCAACUUUGCUGCGGCGCAAGUGAAGUAUUGGAAAUACGCGGCAUAUAUCUUUAUUGCGGUCGACGUGUUGGUGCUGCUCGUGCUCAUUUUCAUGUGCAGCCGCAUUCAAAUUGCUGUCGGCAUCAUUCGCGAAGCAUCGAAAGCGAUCGGGCGCAUGCCGUUCCUUGUGCUGUUUCCACUCGUCCCGGUUGUGUCGAUCACGGCGUUUGUCAUUUACUGGAUCAUCGCAGCCGCGUUCUUGGCGACGGCUGGAAGUGUAUCGGCGCGCAUUGUUGAGGAUGUCGUGGGGUCUGCCAACGUCGGCAACCUGACCAACCCGCUGCACCAGCAAUUCUCGUUCCACGACGACAAUGUGCUCAACUACCUCCUCGUGUACCACGUGUUUGGGUUCCUAUGGACCGCCCAGUUCCUUCAAGCGGUGGGGUACACCACAAUGGCCGGCGCCGUGUGCGAGUACUACUGGACGCUCAAUAAAUCCACCAUGAGUCGCAUGCCCAUCCUGCGAUCGUUUUACCGCACGAUACGAUACCAUGUGGGCUCCAUGGCGUUUGGGUCGUUGAUUAUUGCGAGCAUUCAGUUCGCCCGACUCGUCCUCGAGUACGUUGACCAGAAGCUCAAGACAGCACAAAAGCAAAACGCGAUGGUCAAGGUCGUCAUGUGCGCGUUCAAGUGCUGCCUGUGGUGUUUUGAAAAGUGCAUGAAGUUCCUCAACAAAAACGCGUACAUUAUGGUCGCGAUGAAAGGCACGUCGUUCUGCUCGGCCAUGAAGGAAUCGUUCGGGCUGAUCUUGGCAAACGCCGCCCGCGUCGCAACCGUCAGCAUUGUGUCCAUGUUCCUCAUCCUCCUUGGCAAGAUCUUCAUCACGAGUUUCUCGUGCAUGAUGCUGUUCCUGUUCCUAAGCCACCCACCGUCCGGCCUCCCGUCCUUCUUCACGGACAACCUGGACAACUUGAGUAGCCCCGUCUUUCCCCUGCUGGUGUGCGGUCUCCUCUCGUACACGAUCGCGUCCUUCUUCCUCGACGUGUACGAAACUGCAAUCGACACGAUCCUCCUCUGCUUCUGCGAAGAUUGCAAGGUGAAUCAAGGGUCUGGCACGUACUUUAUGUCGGACGAGCUCCUCGCGUAUGUGGACGGCGCGGCCAAGAAGCACGCGUUCGCCCACUACAAACAGACCGAGCCGUGAGAACCGAGUCGAGCGAGACGAGGGCGCCAUGCAUCUGAAAUAAUUCCAAUGUUGCGUGAA